GAGUUGAGGAUGCUGGUCAUGCGGUUGAGGUUGAAGGCAGAGUUGAGGAUGCUGGUCAUGCGGUUGAGGUUGAAGGCAGAGUUGAGGAUGCUGGCUAAGAAAGGUGUUAAGUAUGGUUGUAGUCAACCAUCAGCAGGAACUAGUCAUGAAAUUCCCUCAUCUUCAACUGGUCACAAUGAUCUUGGUCCUGAGGAUUCAUUAAGCUCAGAUGAUGAUAUCAGCUACAUUUCAACAAGUGAAGAGGAUGGAAGUGAAGUUGAACACGCUAGGAGAAGGAAGAGUAGGCACAAAGUUUUCCGAGGAAAAGAUGAUGGCAAUGUACAGAUUGAGUUAGGCAUGGUUUUUCUGAACAAAACUGAGUUUAAAAAAGCUGUGGAUAAAUUGAGCAUUAUGCAAAGGAGGCAAAUCAAGUGGGUCAAGAAUGAUAAGAACAGACACAGGGCUAUUUGUAAUGAAAGGCACUGUGACUGGAAGAUUUUGUUAGCGUGGGAUAAGCCAACUGAGGCAUGGAUGGUCAAGACAUUUAACAGUGAACACACAUGUGACUGGGGAUCGACCAAUCGGAGAUGUAAUUCAACAUUUGCAAUGAACCAUUUAUUGAAGACUAAGGGUUUUACUGCUGUUUAUUUGAAAAGUGUUGAUAUUUUUACUGAAAUAUGGGAUGAGUUGAGCGUGGAGUUGACUAAAGUACAGUGUAGGAUUAUUAAAAGGAGGCUGAGAAAGACUUUUGAAGGGAAUCAUUCAUUGGAAUACAGCAAGCUUUUUGACUAUGCUGCAGAACUGAGAAAAAGAGAUCCAGGAGCCACUGUUUCGAUUUAUGCACUGAGGCCACUACCUGAACUGACCCUAUUUUCUUGAGGAUGUAUGUGUGUUUUAGUGCAAUGAAAAGGGGAUUUAUUGCUGGAUGUAGGAGAGUCAUUGGUUUAGAUGGAGCUUUUCUCAAAGGACCACACAAAGGGGAAUUACUUACUGCUGUCGGUAGAGAUGCGAAUGACCAAAUGUACCCAAUUGUGUGGGAUUAGGGUGUGUAUUGCCUGGAUGAUUGUUUUUGGACAGCCACCCCUGUUGAGUGUAAAGCUUUUUGUUGUGUGUUUAGGGUGUGCUUCUGUUUUGGACAAAUUAAGGUGUGCUUCUGUUUUGGACAGAUUAGGGUGUGUAGUACAUAGAGUGAUAUUGCAUGGACACUUGUUUUUGGACAGAUAUGGGAGUUUAGGUUGCUUGUUGUAUUUGGCAGGGAAUCUGUUAUAAUGUGCUUUUAUUUUGGAUUUGAACAACAUAUAUUUUGUAUUUUACUGUAUAUGCAUUGUAAUUUUGGUAUUGGGAUUAAUGAAAUGCAUAUAUUGAC